AUGAUUGAUGUUAAAUCUGGCAUCAGAUUUCAAUGGCUGUAUGUAGAAUCUGGUAUGAUUGAUGUUAAAUCUGGCAUCAGAUUUCUGUGUACAGUUAUCAGUUGUCAGAUAGCUGACCUAACAUUAAAUGAGUCUGAUAAAACUGUUAGACAGUUGGGUGACCUAACAUUGAAUGAGUCUGAUAAAACUGUUAGACAGUUGGGUGACCUAACAUUGAAUGAGUCUGAUAAAACUGUUAGACAGUUGGGUGACCUAACAUUGAAUGAGUCUGAUAAAACUGUUAGACAGUUGGGUGACCUAACAUUGAAUGAGUCUGAUAAAACUGUUAGACAGUUGGGUGACCUAACAUUGAAUGAGUCUGAUAAAACUGUUAGACAGUUGGGUGACCUAACAUUGAAUGAGUCUGAUAAAACUGUUAGACAGUUGGGUGACCUAACAUUGAAUGAGUCUGAUAAAACUGUUAGACAGUUGGGUGACCUAACAUUGAAUGAGUCUGAUAAAACUGUUAGACAGUUGGGUGACCUAACAUUGAAUGAGUCUGUAGUAAAUUGUUUCAGCUAAAGCCCAAAAUUUGGCUAUUCAACUUGUUUAUGAAAUAAAUCUUGAAUGAAGUA